AUGACGACAACCUAUGGCGAUCGGAUUCGUGUCGCUAAAACAGGCCCUGUUCAACCUCCCAAAGGAACGUUGCAGCGUAUUGAUUCAAACUACCAUAUACUAAAGCUACGUAGCUUCUUUUCUCUAUGUCUGCUUGGGAUAAGAGUUGCAAGACUUGAUACUAUCAUUGACGAGAUUAGCUUGUCAGAAGAAGGUAAACUCGCUGACAGCAGUUGCACCGAGUAG